AUGUCUGCGUCGUCGAACCCGGAACGCGACGAGCACGUCCGGACCCUCCGCCAGGCGCUCUACUCCAUCAUCGCCCCCAAACGGCCGUACUACCACCGCUCCUCGUCCUCUGCCUCCGGCACCGUCUCUCCUACGCCCACCCCCGUCUCCGGCGCCCACACCGACCACCCCGCCACGCCCCAUCACCAGCAGUACCACCCCUCCAACGCGGGUUCCCCCGUCCCCAACGCCCACGCCGACACGCCCCCGCUCCAGCACUCCCCGCUCGCCCCCGCCCCGCCCGUGUCCCCCGGCACCGUCGCCGUGCCCAUCCCCCACGACGCGCCCCACACCCGCCCGGACUUCAUUGGCACCCUCCAGAGCAAAAGCGCCUGGGACGCACUCAUACACGGCUCCUGGGUCUGA